UCCCGCGAGGCCGCGACGAACUGAGUACUGACGAGCACGAGACCAACAACCCGACAAGGUAAAACCGUAUCAAAAUGGAGGAGGAAGGAGAGGAGGAAAGAUUAGGAAAGGAUUCUGCAGAAAAUACAAAAAUCAAGUUUCCCAAAAACAAGAAAAUAAAGAGCAAUAAUCACGUAGUAAAGAAAAGAGCUGGCUGCAAAUUUCCAAAAACGGGUAAAGACGUGUACGUUAGAAGAAAGAGCAGUAUCAAGGCCAUAAUAACUUACUGUAAAAAACUGUUAGAUACUACUGAUUCAAAAGAAAUCAUAAUACAUGGACAAGGUGCCAGAUCUAAUAAAGCUAUUAAUGUAGGACGUCAUUUAGUAUCAAAAUAUUCUGGUACUUAUGAUUUAGAUAUCCAAAAAGAAAAAAUUAUAUUAACAGAUGAUUUGAAACCUAUCAAUGAUGACGCUGACUAUGAAGUCAAUAUAAAGUCGAAAAUAGGUGUUCAUGUUCGAGUAUUUCCAAUUGCUAACAUAGGACCUCUUAGAUUUGAAAGUUAAAUAUCUUAAUUUAGUUACCAUUCAAUCUAUAUAAUGCUAAUCAAUUAUUUUAAAAUAAGUAAAAUAAGUCAUUGCUAGAUAAAACUUUAAAGAUGAUUUUUUCAUUAAAUGAACUUGUUCACUGGCUAGGACUAACAAUCUUUGAAAUAUGGAUAAAUUUGGUGUCUUUAACCAUCUUCACAAUUCUACUUGCGUUAAAGUUAGAUGAUGGUUACUUUAUGGCAAGCAGUGGCUGGUGGUUAGUUUUUUCUCCUUUAUUUGUUGCUGAUGGCUUGAACACUUACUUCUGUGCAAUCAUUUUCAUAAGAAUGCACAUGGAAGGAAUGAUAAAAGUUGGAAUACUGAGAGCGCUGUGGAGUUUUAUAUCAGUGCUUUUGGUUUUUGUGUUCAAGUAUCUUUUGUGUAAGAAGUUAUCUGGACAGAGUACUCUAGAAUACUCAGAAGUGCUUAGUCCAGUAUUCAUUCUUCUACAGUUAAUUGCUAUUCGAGCCUGCCAGCUUCAUUGACCCCGUCUGGUCACUAAGAACAAUGUGUGUGAAGAAAGUGUACUUCCAUGCCAACCUGUAGCCCUAUACAUGGAAACUGAAUUUAUUUGUAAUAUAAGGUGACAAAAGUCGUGAAAAUCAUUUACGAAGCUCAAACACUUGUACAGAAUCAACAAUCUAUUAACUGAUUAACAUUUAUUGUUAUGAAUUAUUUUUAUUAUUAAAAUUAAAAAUUAAAAAGUAAUUUUGUAUAACUCUACCCAGAAGUAAAAAAAAUGAUUUGUACAGUUAUAUUUAUUUUUAAUCUAAAAUUUAAUUACAUUUCGUUGAAUUUCAUACUGAAUUUAAGUAGACCAUAAAACAUUUACAUCUAUUGCUGCAUUAAAUUUAUUCAAUUGUAAAAUACGAGUAUGAUAUAUUAUGGUAGAUUAUUAGGUGCGAAGAACGUUGAUGUAAAUUAAAAAACGUUAUGAUACAUUUUCAAUUUGUUUUGUAAGCCGAUCAAUAUUGAUCCACGUAUUUAUAUUGAUUCAUGAACAAAGUGUUCACCGAUAGAUGAAAUAAAACUUUGUUUAAGCAAAAUCAA